AUGCAUUAUCAUACAUUACAGAGAAAUUUUAAAGGAAUGGGACUAGGACAGAGUAAUAUUAUUAAUCCUGAUGUCUAUUUAUUAAAUGAGUUUGUAAAUAGAGGUACACCAAUAAAUCCAAAAAUUCAAUUAAAAUUUCAUACUGUACGUGGUUCAAAUUUGGAGUUGUCGCAUGAUAAUAGAGUUGCUACCAGGCAUACAUCAUAUAAUAAUGGUGUCGCUUUCACUAAUAGGCCUAUUGAUAUUGGUGAGCACGUGGUCUUUAGAAUACGAGAAACAACUUCCGCUUGGUCAGGUGUAUUGAGGUUGGGAGCAACUGUUCAUAAUCCUUCCACAGAAUUUAGACAUAAUCCUGUCCCUGAAUUUACAUGCCCUAAUUUAACAGAACAAGAUGGUUAUUGGGCUAAAUCAAUACCAUCAAGAUUAUGUCGUCCAAAUACUGUAUUUCAUGUAAUUUGUAAUGAAAAUCAUGAAAUUAUUUAUGGAAUAAAUUUUCAAGAUUAUAGUACUUUUUUUAAAUUUCCACCUGAUGCAACUAGACUUUGGCUUAUGAUUGAUAUUUAUGGUGAGACAACAUCAAUUGAAUUUCUUAUAAAUGCUGAUGCUCAAGAAUUAAGAAGAACACUUCAAAAUAGAAGUGAUUCCUCAUCUGAAGAUAUUAUAAGUGAUUCACCAUCAGAAAGUAAUAUGAUUGAAUUUAGAAAUGAGACACCUGAUAAUGUAACACAAUCUAGAAUUGAUUAUAAUUAUGGUUCAGAAUAUAUAGCACAAUUAAACAACGAUGAUCAAAGAUUUCAUUCAACAAUUGGUGUUAAUGUACUAUUAAGUAAUAACGGGCAAGUGGUAACAUAUGAUAAUUCAGGUGGUCGCAAUACGUAUGUUUUUACAUGUAGACCAAUUAAACCAAAUGAAAGAAUAAAAUUAUUAAUAAAAGAUAUUCGAACUACUUCUCGUGGACCAUUUAUUAUUGGUGUAACUGUUAAAAGACCAGAUGAAAUUGAUCCUCAAGAAUUACCAUGUAAUCCUUCUCUAUUAGAAGAUAAAGAAGAAUAUUAUCAAUAUUUUGAAAUUCGUUCAAUGUUAGCAAAUAAAUAUGAUUCUCUUUCAUUUUAUUAUACUGAUUCUGGAAGAUUAUUUUAUUGUUUACAGGAUGCUGGUGAUACAGAAGUUGGACAAAUUUUAACAUUACCAUUUAUUUAUUUAUUUAUGAAAUUAGAUGGAACAAUAACAUCUCUUAGAAUGGUUGGUUAUGAAAAUGUUAGAGAAAGAAGUACUAGUUUACCAAGUAUUUCUGAAUUUAAUCAAAAUGAAUAUAUUCAUAAUAUUGAACCAUCUGAAUAUGUUAGAAAUUUAUUGAAUAGAAUGAAUGAAGGAUCACCAAGAAAUUCUGUUAGAAUUUCUCCAAAUACACGUGAUAAUAAUUAUUUAUCAAAUCGUCUUUCAUCAAGUCCUAGUAGUAUAGGAAAUCGUCGAAAUAUAUCAUAUACACCACCAUAUUCUAUUCAUACACCUGAUCCAAUAACUUCAGAAUCUUCAAUUUUAAAUACAUAUAAUAAUAAUAUUCAUCCAACUUCUGUUUCUCCAAGAGGUGAAUCAAUUAUAACAUCAUCUUUACAAAAUCCAAUUGUCACAAGAAUUUUAAAUGGUAGAACAGUGGCUGAUCUUCUUGAAAGUUCAAAUAGUUUAGAAAGAAGAGUUAAUACAAUAUUAACAGGUGCUGAUGAGACAUUAGCAAGAUAUCGUGCCUAUAGAACAACAGAAACAUCAGAAAAUGAAAUUGAAAGAACAUCUCAAGAUAGUGAAAAUGAUGAAUCAGCUUCAGAAGAGGAGGUACAAAAUUUAACAGAACCAGUAAAUGAACAAGAUACAUGUACAAUAUGUAUUGAAAGAAUUAAAAAUAUUUCAUGUUAUCCUUGUGGUCAUCUAUGUAUGUGCAAACGAUGUUCCAAACAAUUUAAAGGUCCUGGUAAAGCUUGCCCAAUAUGUAGAGGAAAUAUUGUUGACUUGGUAAGAAUAUUUAGAUAA